AUGUCAAAACCAGUCCUUAGUGAUCAACUUACAAGAUGGUACCUUCAAUUUCAGCAGUUUGAGACUGUGUACAUCCCCCAAAAGGCUGUAAAAGGAAACACACUGGCUGACUUCUUGGCAGACCACCCGAUACCUAAUGAUUGGAAACUGAGCGAUGAACUUCCUGAUAAAGAUGCUAUGGUUUUUGAAGUUAGAUCCCCAUGGAAGAUGUACUUUGACGGUACUGCACAUCGAGAUGGAGUUGGUGCUAGUGCAAUAUUCGUCACUCCACAAGAAGAGGUCAUCCGCUACUCGUUUACCUUUAUGAAUAAUGUUGCUAAAUAUCAAGUGCUCAUACUCAGACUUGAGAUGGCUAUCGACAUGAAACAACUACAGUUACAUGUUUUUGGUGACUCCCAAUUGGUGAUCAAGCAGCUUUUGGGAAUCUAUGAAGUCCGAAAGCCUGAGUUACGGACAUAUCAAGAUUAUGCACAGAAAUUGAUGGGGUGGCUUAGAGAGGUAACCCUCCAACAUGUGCCAACGACAGAAAAUAAGAAAGCUGAUGCCCUAGAUGCUUUGGCCUCAACCCUGACUCUUUCAAAUUAG